AUGAAAUGUCUUGAACGUGUAAUUAUGUCCAUUCUUCAGUUUAUUCCCAAUUUUAUGUGUUACUUGUGGUCUGGUAUAGGUCAUAGGAGAACAGUCGGGUGA